AUGGAAUUUGAAGAAUAUAGAGGGAAACAUUGUUGGAUUAGAGACGCUAUAAACUUAUUAAAAAGUGAGGAUAUGUGUUUAUGUAUACAUGAAACGAAAGACAAAGAAGAUGAACAUAGAAUAAAAGGGCGUGGAUUAGAAAUAAUUGAUUUUUUAACAAAAAAAGAAAUUAAAUUGAGCGCUAAUUCAAGAAGAAAGAAAGGAAUAAUUUUUUUACCACAGUUGUUAGAAGGGGAUAGCGUUCAUCCAAUGAAAUGGAAACAUUUUAUAAUGGAAAAAGGUUUAAAUUUAAGAGGAAAAAUACCAAGAUGGUUUAAAAAAAUAGAAAGAGAAGUAAUUGAAGAUCAAAUGACGAGAAGAGUUAAAGAUAAAUAUUUGUGUGGAGAGAAAAAUUUAAAAGAGAUACAUCUGAAAUUAUUUGACGAAGAAGAGAAGAUACUAGAUAAAAAGAAGUCAAGAAGUAAAAAAUAUAAAAGAUUAGGAUAUCAUAUGGUUGUUAAUAAUGAUAUAGUAGAUCUUGACAACUCACCUGAGUUAGUGAAAUGCAGUGGAUGCGAAAAGAAUGUAAAGACUGAUGAAAAUUUUAUUAAAUUUUUAAAAAAUAGUUUAAUAGAAGAAGAAAAAAAGGGUAUGAGGGGAGAAGAAAUAUUUUUAUUAGUGGAAAAUAUAAAAAUAAGAAAUAGGAUGGAAGAGAAUGGUAAAAGAAGUUAUGAAUAUAUAUUAAAUAUUUUAAUUAGGAAAAAUUAUAAUAGCGAUAAGGAAGAACUGAAAUUUAGUGUAAGAUAUGACGAUAAUCUUGAAAAUGAGUUUAAAAUUAUUAUAAGAGGAGGGCUUAGAGCGUGGCGUAAAAAGUGUUCUGAAUUAAUUUGGAAAAAUGAAAUGCUUAACAGUAGUAAGGUGGAAGAUCUCUUUUAUUAUAAUUAUAAGGAUGAAUUCGAUUGGAAUAAAACAUUACAGUUUAUUAGUAAUAGAAAUAUUUAUACAUCAUGGGAAAUUGAGAAAGAUGAUGUAUGGGAGCGUUCAUAUAAAAUUAAAAAUUUUUUAAAGGAUUUACCAAUGUAUGAGGUGUUAUAUAAAAGAGAUGUAAACAAGAUAGAAACAGAUCAAUGUAUUAGGUGCAAGAAUGGUGUGGAAGAUUGGGACCAUUUAUGGAUCUGUGAGAUUAAUGAAUUAACGAUAAAAGAAGUUUUAAAACUUUCGAUUAGUAAUUUUGAAGAAAGUUUAUUGAAGGAAGAAAAGCAUGAAAAAAUCAAAUUUUUACAGAACAUAAAUUUUAGUUUUUUAAAAAUUUUAUACGAAAAAUCAGAAGCUGAGUUUACUUGGAAAAGAGAAAUAUUGGGAAUUGAUUAG